UGCUUAUAAUUUAAGAGGGAAAUACAAUUUUGGCUAGAUUUUCAUAAUUAUGAAACUCUCUCCUUUUCUCUAAACUGAUCUCUGCUCAUCUUCUAGGGUUUACUGAUCUCUGCUCACUGCUCUCCGUGUCUCCUCUCCUAUCAUUAAGGCCUGUGAUGAAAGACCGGAUUAGCGAGCUACCUGAACUUGUUCUGUCUUCUAUUCUGUCAUAUUUAACUCUUAAAGAUGUGAUCAAGACAAGUGCACUAUCCAAGGAAUGGAAGCGGCAACAUCGAAAAGUAAUAAACACAUUGAAUUUGGAUCUUCCAAACUUGUUGGAAAGCAAUUAUGCUAAUGAUUUGGAAAGCAAGUAUGCUAAAAGUCAAUCGGACAAUUUUGAUCAGUUGUUAGAUGUCAGGUGGGAAUUUAUAAACCGGGUUCAAAGAGUCUUGCGUCACUUCAAAAGCUCACAAAUAAAAUCUUUUAAAGUUACGUUUUUCAUGGAUUCUCAAGUUUCUUGCUACAUUGAUUGCUGGAUUAGAUCAGCAAUAGCUUUUGGAGUUGAAGAAAUUCAACUUCUCUUUUCCGAUAAACCAUUGAGUCGAAUUCAGAUAGAUAAGCACAGAUUCUAUAAAUUUCCUUACUGGUUUUUCAAUCCGUACUUUUUAAAGCAUUUAAAUUUGCAACGAUGCAUUCUAACACCACCUCUUUAUUUUACUGGAUUCAGUAAAUUAUUAACUUUGAGUUUGGAAGAAGUGAUAGUUUCCCAAAAUUUCGUUGAUUUUCUUUUUACUCAUUCAACCUUUCUUCAAGAACUAACCAUCAAUUGUUGUUACUUCGCCGGCGAAGCUCCGGUUUUAAGAAUUGUUAGUUCAUCCCUUCAUAAAUUGUCAUUGCUUUAUGUCUCUACGCUUUUGAAGGUUGAGAUAAUUGCUGUAAAUCUCUUAUUUUUCAAGUACUGGCUAGUUAAGAGUGCAAAAAUGACUUUAUUUCAUGCUCCUAGACUUGCAAACUUUCAUUUCUAUAUUUCGGAAACAGAUACCGAAACACCUUGUUUGUUAUCUCAAAUAAUAGCUCGUCCAAGUUUAGAGAUCGUAAAUAUUAUCCUUGAACCAUUUCAGGUAAAGAAGCUCCAAACUGCAGGCACAUUCCAGUUUAGAAAUCUCAAGGAAUUGACGUUAGUGUAUUAUGAUAAUGGAAGAACUGAGGUAGAUGACUUUAUAUGGGUGUUGGAUAUUGUAAAAGCAUGCCCUGUACUACAGAAAUUUCAGUUCACAUUUAUUCAUACAACAUUUCCUACAAAUAAGGAAAAAAUGGAAACACUUUGUGGACAUGCACAGAAAAGUCUCAAAGAAAUGAAGAUGAGCGGACGUACCGUCAACUGGCAUGAAAUUGAGUUGGUUAUAUUUUUACUGAAGAAUGAAAUUGACAAUAAACUAAUGAUUGUUGAACCCUCAAUAAAUGUUUAUAAAGGACAAAAUUGGCUUCACUUCGAACAUAAAUCUUCUUGGUCUGAAUCAUGCCUUGAUACUUUUCUAACAUCUCUCCGAAAUAAUAUACCUCAUCUCGUAUAUUUAUGACGUUAAUAAUUUAGUUCCUUAUUGUCAUUUUAGGAUUUGUACAGUUACUUUACUAGAUUAUUUUUAAAGUUGUGUUAAAUUUUUUUGUUCUA